AUGUGACAGGCCUACUUUGGCGGAUAAUUCCGUGUUCAUCACACCUAGUCAGGGAACUUACGAUGUCGGAUCUGUAGUCACCUUCUCGUGUUUCGACGGCGACGACGUCUACGGACCGACAUCGUCAUCAUGCCAGAACGAUGGGACAUGGAAUUUAACGAGCGAACCUUUAUGCAUAUAUUGCGAGAGGCCGAUCGUCUCGAAUCCUUAUGCGAUAAUGCUUUCGCCUGACCAGGAAGCGUACAUGCGGUAUGACAGUUUAGACAUCAGUUGUGAAGAAGACCACACCUCAUCCACUUUGCCUCGGAACUUUGAUUGCCAAUAUAAUGAAAUUUGGUACCCCGACCCUUCCAAUUAUCUGUGUUUUGCACAAUGUGACACGACGAAAUUACUCGACAAUGACGUCAUAGCCGAGAAGCCGAACAAUGGCGGGCCACAAACCGUGUUCAACCACGGAGAUUCCGCCAUCUUUAAUUGCCAAGGCGGAAGUCGAUUCACAGGACAGAACACGGCUACGUGCGUCAAUGGAUCGUUUGACUUUGAUACGAAACCAGAAUGUUUGGACCCAUGCCCCAUAUCACAGCAAAAUCUAGACAAGGAUCUUUCUUACUCCAUCGUCGAAGACCCCGUCAUCAACGAAACACAAACAUUGUACUACAGAGAUGGUGUCUCGAUCAUGUUUUCGUGCAGAGAUGGAAACAUACCCGAGCAUUGCCAAGGCGUUUGCCAUGAUGGAUCGUGGGAUCCAGGGGAUUUCCCAUCAUGCAUUGCCUUAGAAGGUAAACUUACUACUGGAGCUGUAGUCGGUAUAGCCAUCCUCACGAUCCUCUUGGUUGCGUCCAUCAUCAUCAUUGUCGGAUUAUUAAUCUUCCUCGAGAGAGCUAGAUCUAAAGACGCAGACACGGAACCAUUCAGUUACAAGUUCAACAAGAACGGCAGUGUGGAACACGUCAUGAACAACAAUGGUCACAAUAACGAAAGACUUGUCACCCUCUCCUCUUCCUCGUCACCCCAUUCUUCUCGACACCUCUUCUUUGUCAUCUUCAUCUUCUUCGUCACCCUCUCAUUCGUCAAUCUCUUGUUUGUCACCCUCCUCUUCGUAGUCUCCCUCUUCUUCGUCACGCUCUUCUUCGGCUCCCUUUUCUUCGUCACCCUCUUCUUUGUCUUCCCCAUCUUCUUCGUCACCCUCUCCUUCGUCAAUCUCGUGUUUGUCACCCUUCUCUUCUUUGUCUCCCUCUUCUUCGUCAACCUCUUCUUUGAUAUCUUCAUCUUCUUCAUCACCUUCUCUUUUUCUUCCCUCCUCUUCUUCGUCACCCUCUUCUCCGUCAGCCUCUUCUCCUUCGCCUCCCUCUUCUGUGUCACCCUUUUCUUAGUCACUCUCUUCUUUGCCAACCUCUUCUUCUUCUUCGUCACCCUCUUCGUUUAA